AUGGAGAGACUUGAUAUGUGGCAGAACAAAUUAUCAAGUAAUAUUCCCUCUGAAAUUGGAAAGUCUCAGAAGCUACAAUUUUUGGCACUAAAUGCAAACAAUUUAUCUGGGAACAUUCCAUUUUCUUUUGGAAAUUUAACCAUCUUGACAGACUUGUAUUUAUACAAGAAUAAUCUUCAAGGCAAAAUCCCUCUUAGCAUAGGCAAGUGCCAAAAUUUGAUCAAUUUGUUUCUUUCUAAUAACAAUCUCAGUGGUUUGAUAUCCCCACAGGUCAUUGGUCUUUCAUUCUCACCAAUUAGGCUAGAUUUGUCUGCCAACCAAUUUACUGGUGUCCUUCCCAUGGAAUUAGGGAAUUUCAAAAAUUUAGAAUAUUUGGAUAUUUCAGAAAACAUGUUGUUUGGUAAAAUUCCAGAAAGUUUGGGUAGUUGCGUAAAGUUGGAAUUUCUAGCUAUGAGAAGAAAUCACUUUCAAGGGAUUAUUCCACCAUCUUUGGCAUCAUUAAGAGGCCUUAGAUCUCUAGAUCUUUCUAACAAUAAUUUGUCUGGAGAGAUUCCAAAAAUUUUGGAGAACUUUGUCUUUUUGCAAUUUUUGAAUCUAUCUUACAACCAUUUUGAGGGUGAGGUACCAAUAGACGGAGUUUUCAAGAACAUGAGUGCAACUUCAAUUAGAGGAAAUGAUAAGCUUUGUGGGGGCAUGCCUAAGUUUCAACUUCCUAAAUGCAAAUAUGAAAAAUCCAAAAAGAAAAAGUUGACCCUUACCUUGAAAUUAAUGAUCUCUAUAUUUUCUGGGCUUAUUGGAGUAUCUUUGGUUUUGUCACUUCUACUUCUUUUUUGUUUAAGAAAGAAAAGAAAAGAAAAUAUCUCAAGUGACUUAGGAAAUUUUCUUUCGAAUCUCUCUUACCAAAGUCUCCUAAAGGCAACCAAUGGGUUCUCUUCUACCAAUUUAAUUGGUGUGGUUAGCUUUGGGUACGUGUAUAAAGGGAUUCUUGAUGAAGGUAGACAUAUGGUUGCUAUUAAGGUUUUUAACCUUUUGCAUCGUGGAGCUUCCAAAAGUUUCAAAAUAGAAUGUGAGGCUUUACGAAAUAUUAGACAUCGAAAUCUUGUAAAGGUCCUCACAUCAUGUUCUAGUAUUGACUAUCAAGGCCAUGAUUUUAAGGCUUUGGUAAUGGAGUUCAUGGGAAAUGGAAACCUAGAUGAAUGGCUGCAUCCAACUCCAAUAAUAAAUGAGACUCUUGAGGAACCAAGAAAUUUGAGUCUUCUUCAAUGGUUGAAUAUUGCCAUUGAUGUUGCUAACAAAGUUUUCAGACCCGGACCAUACGGAAGAAGCAUCAACGGCGACGCUAAGAUGUAA